GAAGAAAAGUAAUCAAUGGAUUCUUCAUCCACAAUAUCCAUCACGAGAGAAGAGUUCAAUACUUUUCACUUGUAUGACAGAGCACUUUUCUCUCGUCUUGUCAUAACUCUAAGACGUGACAUUCGCCAGUCCUAUCAAGUUAUGAGCUUUCUCCUCUAUCUCGAGACGAUUGCUCCUUUCCUGAGAAAUUUGAUAGCGGAUUUUGCCUCUUUACCGGACGCUGUCGUCAACAUGGUAGCUGACGAAGUCGUGACGUGCAUGAGGUGCUUGUCCUUCGACGAUUUUCCAGCAUUCGUGACCCACUUGAGGAGAAGCAUCCUCUCCCCAGAGAUACCUUACAUCACGGGUGUCACAAGAGGGUACUUAACUCUCAUAUUCGUCCACAACAACCGUGAAAACAUUCUCUUUGAGAUGAAGAAGCAUCUGACGCGUGUAUGCGUCCGAGCUUUUGAGGAUAUAUGCGUGCGUGCUGAGAUGUACAACAGGGAGAUUGAAAAGAGGGAAAAGGCGAUGGCGGAGAUGAGCCAGCUGGGAUUUAGCAGUGCUGUUCAAAAUGGUGGAUCAAGAACUCGCCGGUUCUCAAGUCGUCGUGCAAACGCAGAUAAUAGGACUAUCUUCCUCACAUUUUCUAGAGGAUACCCAAUUUCCAAAGCAGAAGUGUAUGCCUACUUCACCAGGAGAUUUGGGGAAAUUGUAGAAGCGAUACAUAUGGGUGGAGCGGGAGUGAAUGCACAAACGCUAUAUGCAACGAUGGUGUUAAGUUCUGCCUCCAGAGUUCCAGAUAUUCUAAUCGAAGGUGUCUACAGGACCAGAUACAUCAUCAAUGGAAAACAUGUUUGGGCUCGAAAAUUCAUUCCCAGUCACAAAUCCUCCUCCAAACAUCUUUCUCCCUAUUCCUAUCGAAACCUUUUCUAGUUUCAUAUGUUUUUUUUUUAUCUUAAGGAGUUGUGAAGGGCAUCAUGUGCCCAUUUCAACAAAUUUGAGACCUAUUUUUAUUAUUGAGGGGUUGGGGGGGCUUUUAUUGGUGAUUGACAUUUGGUUUUAUCUUUGAAUUAUUUU